GGCCUCUCUUCUAUUCUUUGCGAUUAGGGUUUCUUCGAGGCCUCUCCAUUCUGAGUUUCUUUGUGCGUUUUUGUAACAAUGGGUAAAGAGAAGGUUCACAUUAACAUUGUUGUGAUUGGCCACGUCGACUCUGGAAAGUCGACGACCACUGGUCAUCUGAUUUACAAGCUUGGAGGCAUUGACAAGCGUGUGAUCGAAAGGUUUGAGAAAGAAGCUGCUGAGAUGAACAAGCGUUCAUUCAAGUACGCGUGGGUGUUGGACAAGUUGAAGGCAGAGCGUGAACGUGGAAUCACUAUUGACAUUGCCUUGUGGAAGUUUGAGACCACCAAAUACUACUGCACUGUGAUUGAUGCACCUGGUCACCGUGAUUUUAUUAAGAACAUGAUCACUGGAACCAGUCAGGCAGAUUGUGCUGUCUUGAUUAUUGAUUCCACCACUGGAGGUUUUGAGGCUGGAAUCUCCAAGGAUGGCCAAACCCGUGAGCAUGCUCUCCUUGCUUUCACUCUUGGUGUCAAGCAAAUGAUUUGUUGUUGCAACAAGAUGGAUGCAACAACCCCGAAGUACUCUAAGGCCAGGUUUGAUGAAAUUGUCAAGGAAGUUUCAUCCUAUUUGAAGAAGGUGGGUUACAACCCUGAAAAGAUUCCUUUUGUUCCAAUUUCUGGAUUUGAGGGGGACAACAUGAUUGAGAGAUCCACCAAUCUUGAUUGGUACAAGGGUCCCACCCUCCUUGAGGCUCUGGACCAGAUCAAUGAGCCCAAGAGGCCCACUGAUAAGCCUCUACGAUUACCACUUCAAGAUGUCUAUAAGAUUGGUGGUAUUGGAACUGUGCCAGUAGGUCGUGUUGAAACUGGUGUUCUCAAGCCUGGUAUGGUCGUGACCUUUGGCCCCUCUGGACUACAAACUGAAGUUAAGUCCGUGGAGAUGCACCAUGAAGCUCUUCCGGAGGCUGUUCCUGGAGAUAAUGUUGGUUUUAACGUGAAGAAUGUUGCUGUCAAGGAUUUGAAGCGUGGUUAUGUUGCUUCUAACUCCAAGGAUGAUCCCGCCAAGGAAGCUGCUAACUUCACAUCUCAGGUUAUCAUCAUGAACCACCCUGGCCAGAUUGGUAACGGUUAUGCUCCAGUGCUUGACUGCCACACUUCACACAUUGCUGUGAAGUUUUCUGAGCUCUUGACCAAGAUUGAUAGGCGAUCAGGUAAAGAGCUUGAGAAAGAGCCCAAGUUCCUGAAGAAUGGUGAUGCAGGGAUGGUGAAAAUGGUUCCCACCAAGCCUAUGGUUGUUGAGACUUUCUCCGAGUACCCUCCGCUAGGUAGGUUUGCUGUUAGGGACAUGCGUCAAACAGUGGCAGUUGGAGUCAUCAAGAGUGUGGAAAAGAAGGAUCCAAGUGGUGCCAAGGUGACCAAGUCUGCUGCGAAGAAAAAGUGAACCAUGGUGGUUCAUCCUCGGAUUUCAGCAUUAACAAUUUAUCUUAGGACUAGUAGUUUUGAUGUCUUGAUUUUUAGUAGGAGUUCCAUAGUUUGUUGCUUGCUUUGUUUUUUGUGUCGUAGUUUUUUGUCAUCUUAAUUGGGUUGCCAGGCUCAGAAUUGGGUGCUUGAUAGACGGUAAUUUGGGUAUUUUUUGUUGGGUUUAUGCUUAU